AUGGUCGCCAACUCGUCUUCGAUUGACUCGACCCAACGCAUUGUGGGACUGGGGGACUCUUCCGCCGCGGGCUCCAACAAGUGCCGCUACAAGACGGGCAAGUGCACGAACGUGCGCUCGAGCAAGCGCAAUGGCCAGCCGCACCAGCUGUGCCUGUACCACCGGGACAAGGCCAACAAGAUCCAGCGCAAGUUUGACCGACAGAAACGUCAGGUCGCGCGCACGAAAAAGGCUCGCGACACGCACAGCACGCUCAGUGUCCUCUCGUCGCCGUCGUCCAUCUCGAUGCUCGACAUGGCGGCCCUUGCAGGUCUGACGCCGACGUCGGAAGUCGUGUCCCCUGCGGGAUCGACCUACUCGACGUCGUCGUCGGCCGCGUCGUUCUCGUCGGCCGCGUGCAGUGGGUCGCCUACGUACACGCCCGACUCGGUCGACUGCGACCUCAACGAGAGCGUGUGGAGCCGUCUCCCGGCGGCGGGCCACUCGUUCCUCGCGGGCUUUCACCAGCACAUGUCCAUGCCGAGCCGCUGCUACCAGAGCUACUUGUCUUCGGACGAGAUCGACUUUCUGUGCUCGGCGAUCCUCGAGUAA